CUUAAAAAUAAACUCAGACUAAACCUCCUGACCGAGUUCAGUUGGGCGCACAGUGAUGGGCUUCUAGAGUAGAUCAGUUUACAGUAGUAUUAGUCUUAAGUGGAUCCUCGGCGAGAUGAAAAAUUGUCGUUAGUCAAAAGAAGUGCAUGAACUUUUCGUCCAUGUGAAGAGACGCGUUUUAAAGCGGACAGCUAUCAGGGGCGCGUCAGAUCCCGCGAAAGGCAGUCAAUCUCUUUUGUUUUUCACGAUUUUGCAGUUUUACGAUACACGAACAAGUUGAUGUAAAAUCUUACACAACUUCAUUUUUUAUUUUACACAACUUUUCCUUUUUUAAUAUAACUGUUAUGUAGUUUUUAAAUUGCUGAAAUGCAGCAGGAGCGCUUACUCAAAGUCCUUGUCAUUGGAGAUUUAGGAGUGGGGAAAACAUCCAUCAUAAAGCGUUAUGUCCAUCAGAUUUUUUCUCAACAUUACCGCGCAACCAUCGGUGUCGAUUUUGCUCUGAAAGUUCUGAAUUGGGAUCACAGGACAGUCGUUCGACUGCAGCUGUGGGACAUCGCAGGACAAGAGAGGUAUGGGAACAUGACACGAGUGUACUACCGAGAAGCCGUCGGGGCGUUGGUUGUUUUUGACAUGACCCGUGCCUCCACUUUCCAAGCUGUGUUAAAAUGGAAAAAAGAUCUGGAUUCUAAAGUGGCCUUGGGCAAUGGACGUCCCCUGCCAGCUGUCCUGCUGGCCAACAAGUGUGACCAGCAGAGAUAUGGGUUGUGUUCCAAACUGCCCAAACUCGAACAUUUCUCCAGGGAUCACGGCUUUGUGGGCUGGUACGAGACAUCUGCGAAGGACAACACAAACAUCGAUGCAGCCAUCAUGCGUCUUGUAGAAAACAUAAUGGCCGUUGAGGAGGAGAAUGUUCCAGUGGAAUCAGACCCCAGUGUGCUCAUCCUGCCUGCUUUUGAUUAUAAUCUAAAGGAGCGCAGUGACUCUAGAUGUUCAGUCUGCACAAAAUUCCAGUCCAGCAUAAAACCUCACAGUGAAUUAUAGAGUGAGACAAACAGAAGAAGAGAGAGAAGAGUGGGAGAGAAAAAUACAGUGAGAAACAGAACGGUCACACCCUUUGUUGAGCCUUCAAAUUGUGCUGAACUAAGCCUUUGUGGGCAAGACAAGACCAUGAUGCCUUAACACUUACACAUUCUUACUUUUUCACAUGCCAGAAACAACAGUGUCAUCAAUAAAACAUGCAGCGUUUA